AGGACUCUGUGUCUUUAAGGCGGACGCUGACGCUGUAAAACUUCUAUCGGUAAAUGUCUCAGACUGACAUAAUCCUCUGAUUGCACCACAGGCCGGGAAACUCUUCCCUUUGAUUUUUAAAAGAAGGUUAAACUUCUACAGCUAUGGGUUCUGGAGCAAGUUACAUUCCAUUUGUAAUGCCCUUUGUGGUGCUGUUUGUGGCUACCAUGCUCGUCUGCUUGUUGUUGUUCUUCAAAAAGGAGAGGGCGGAGUCAGAAGAUCAGGCGGAACUGGACACGCCUCCUCAGUACAGCAGCAUGGAUCACCCUCCCCCGUACUCACUGUAUGACCCUAAGCUGACAGACAUUUGGAGAAGAAGCCCCCCUCCCCCCUACGACACCUGUCCUGUGAUGCAGCCCGAGGCGCCCAAUCAAUGGAGGCCGCCCAGAGAGCCUCCUCCUCUGACUCCGCCCUCAUCGCCCAUCAGAGGUCCCGCAAAUGGAUGAAGCCAACAAAGUCAUCGUUUCCUUGUGCUUUUUCAAAAAACAAUUAUAAAAUAUUUAAUAAAAUGUCAGAGCGCUGAAAAGAAAUGAAUAAAGUUCAAAGUUAUUCUGAAAAACUUUAAUGUUUUCAAAUGGAGGUCAAAACUACAUCGUCCCAGUGCGUCGACGCACCAACGUUUCUUCAGGUUCUACUAAACACUCUUUCUCACGGUACAGUACUUACGGUUGGAAAAGGAAGCUUCAAUAAUUACUGAAUGAGUCGGCAAAGUUUGGACGGAACAUUGAGGAGUUCUGUUCGGAGAGAUUCCUUGGCUUCUGAAACAUGUUAAGGCAAAAGUAAGCAGACGUUACAAGCCACUGGUUAACUGAUGUCGUACAUCAGAAUGAGUAAAGAACAAACAACGUGCGGAUUCGUUCCCCUCGCCUCUGUAUUUCGGAGCUCUGAAGGGAGUUCAGCUACGUUCACAGCGGACUCUGCAACACCCGUUUAAACACUUUGACCAAUCAGGGACUCAGAUCUGGUAGCGAUGUAUGGAUGGCGUUCCUUUCAUUGACGGAAGUGCUAAUCGUUUGAGAAUUGAUCAUAAAGGAGAAAUUAAUAAUCGCCGUUUAUACCUGGAAUAACAUGCCGCCAAAGCCGAAUCCAAAAUUAGUGGCAUUUGAAACUGUAGUGGUGUCUGAAAGUGGAGCCGUAGGGACUUAGGGGUGGCUAUCCUUGAAACGCAUUUCUGCACGUGUGUGCUCUGAAGCUCAGAAAUGUUAGUAUUUUAUUAAUGUAAUUUGUGAAUUCGGUUUUGCAUGACUUAUUAAAGUUAUAAAGCUAAUGUUAUAUAUUUUCCACUGUACAGCUCGACUCCUCCCCCCUGGCGUUCCAAACAGGAAGUACCUGUUUGCUCCAAGUGGUCAACAGCUAUAAGUCAGAAUAACCAUUUUUGCUCUGAUGUAUUUUCUUAACAUCCCAAUUUUUUAACCCUAUUCUUUCUUUAUCGCAAGUUAUUCAAGUUAUAAACUGACCAAUCAGAUUCCUCGGUGAAAGCAUGUGGUGCCUGCUGACCCCCACCUCGAAUGUUAGAUUCUACCGAGUCCUUUUUUAGUGUGACUUGUAACAAACUCAGCUCAUGAUUGGUGACCUUAGUUCCCAAGAACUGUAACUCAACUCGGACCAAUCACAAUCGUCUGGCUCCAAAUGGCGACGCCCAUAUGGUGGAAACAUGGUGACUGAAUUGGCUUUACUUUGAUAGAGUUGGAAGUAAAGCAUUCUCACACCCGCUUCGUCCAGUCACAAUAUACGUCUAUUGUUUAUGGUAUUUUACCACGCGCUAACAGCUAAGCGCUAGCAUAGAUGACCGUCGACUGUUGAUGAUGUCAUCAGCCCGGUGUGAACGCAGCACGAGUGCUACGAAUGGUCAAAACCUCUGUUACACAGACAGAAACGCUCGUUUGUACUGAUGUGUAGAAAGUAUGCCGGCAGGCCGCUGUCUCUGUGUUCCGGUGAAUGUAUUGCAUGUAUCUUCAGUUCUCUAUUGCUGGUCGGCUUUCAAAUCAGCAGACACACAAUUAAGCACAAAAAAAAAAAAAA